UUCUGUAACAGUACAUCUCGCGAGAAAUCCUGUCAAAUCUCGUCCGACCUUUGGCUCAGUUCUGUCUGCAGCACUUGGAGCACAGAACAGCAACAACGGUCCAAGAUGAACAGGGCUUUCAAUAAGACGAGUCUGAAACAAUUGACUGGUAUCCUCCAGAGGUUCCAAAGCACCUUGGUUGUAGCAGAGCACAACAAUGACAAGCUGACCCCCAUCACACUCAAUGCCAUCACUGCUGCCUCUAAAGUGGGUGGAGAGGUGUCAUGUCUGGUUGCUGGAACAAACUGUGCAAAGGUUGUGGAGGAAAUCAGCAAAGUUCACGGUGUGAAGAAGGUUCUGGUGGCCCAGCAUGAUUCGUACAAAGGGAGCCUGCCAGAGGAGCUGACUCCUCUUAUCCUGCAAACACAAAAGCAAUUCAACUUCACUCACAUCUGUGCUGGUGCAUCUGCUUUCGGAAAGAACCUGCUUCCCAGAGUGGCUGCCAAGUUGGAUGUUGCCCCAGUUUCAGACAUUAUUGAGAUCAAAUCUCCAGAUACUUUCGUCAGGACCAUCUAUGCUGGUAAUGCCCUCAGCACUGUGAAAUGUAAUGAGCCAAUCAAGGUCUUCACCGUCAGAGGGACGUCUUUUGAGGCAGCUGCAACGGAGGGAGGCAGUGCUGCAUCAGAGGAAGUGGCUGCUGCUUCUCCCGCUGGAAUUUCUGAGUGGUUGGAACAGAAUCUGUCAAAGAGCGACCGUCCAGAGCUGACAAGUGCAAAGGUUGUGGUGUCAGGAGGAAGGGGCUUGAAGAGCGGGGAAAACUUCCAGCUGCUUUAUGACCUUGCUGACAAACUCAAUGCUGCAGUUGGUGCAUCCAGAGCUGCCGUGGAUGCUGGGUAUGUCCCUAAUGACAUGCAGGUUGGACAAACUGGCAAGAUUGUAGCACCAGAGUUGUACAUUGCUGUUGGUAUCUCUGGGGCUAUCCAACAUCUGGCUGGAAUGAAAGACAGCAAGACUAUUGUUGCUAUCAACAAGGACCCUGAGGCUCCCAUUUUCCAGGUGGCUGACUACGGCUUGGUAGCCGAUCUUUUCAAGGCUGUUCCUGAGAUGACUGAAAGUCUGAGCAAGUGAAAAGAAACAAAGUCCCACCAAAUGUUCAUCGUACAGCUCAACAAUGCCGCAAGAACAGAUCAACGGAAAACGCAGCCACCGCCUUAACACAUUUCUGAAGUUGGCAGUCUUCUUCUCUCAACUAAGAAAUACAAGCUAGUUUUUAUAUAUAUAUUGUAGUAUGUAAGGUUACAUAUCAAUGGAUAAGUUGUACUUAUUUGGUAGGGGGAUAUUUUUUCUUUCUGUAGUACAAGUGUUGUAAUUUGUAUUUAAUUCUAGGACAUCUUUGGGAAUGCUUAACUCUAAUGUAGCUGAUUGUAAGAUGCAGCUCUUCCUGCUAACCCACAACUGUUCUACAAAAUAACGCAUUAAAUUGACAACUGAGAACCAGUUUCCUGAA